CAUUUGCUGCACGCUGCGCUUAAGCUUCCUCUUUCAGAACCCAACCCUCCCGCACGUCGCACGUCGCUCGUCGCACCGUCGCAUCACUGUACAGCUGCACCGCCGCACUGCUGCAUAGCCGCACAGCCGCACAGCCGCACCGCUGCACCACUGCAUACUCGCACCACCGCACCGCCGCCUCGUCGCACCACCACGCCGUUGCUUCAAGUUAUAAGAAACCGGGUCAUGUGGUUUAAUAGGUGAUCACCGGUCUUUUAAAACACUGCAAACGGGGAAGCACUUUAAUUUUCAAGGGUCAAAGUAGAAGAGGAAUCCUGCUGUGAAGAUUUUACAGUCUCAGAAACAGAGGAGACAGCGUUAGAAUUGGAGAAGGGAGGAGUACAAACAGUGGUUAAGGUCCAAAUACCAUCAACUAUAGAGCAUAGCGUUUUGCGUCAUAAUGAUGGAUUCUGAAGGAUUGGAGAAGAAGAUUGAAGAGUUGAAGCUGAAGGAGGAGAAUGGAAAUGUGCAAACCCAGGCACAAGGGCAAUUGCAGAUCAUCACCUUUUCUGAACUCAUCAAUGAUGUUAGCCUCCAUUUUCAGAUCAUUCGAUUUCCCAAACAGAUAUAUGUGUGGAUUGGUUACAACACUGCAAAAUUGGGACACAUGUAUGCAGCAGCUACUACUCGUCCUAACAAUAUGGUAUCUGUCACUUCCAUACUUGGAGGGGUUUCUGAUAAUACAGGGUCCGGCAUUGCUCAUCGAUUAGUGUUAAAGACUGGUCUCAACGUAAUUUUGUCUUGCAGUAUUCCAAAAAAUAGCCCCAUGAUUGAGACAGAAGCUGAGAAAAUAUUGAUAAGGAAACUCAUUAGUCUGGGCUAUACAAAGUCAAGAUUGGGAGCAACAUCUUUGUAGCAGCACAGGCCAUGGAAACUUAAACAUUUUAUACAUAUCAAACAUGCGUUAUCCCAAUGUUUUUACAUGAUUUAGCAGCCAUGGUGGAUAUUGAAGACUGGAAGCAUUUUUACUGGACACAGCAAUUCGGAUCUCUUGUCCAUGUUUGAUGCAAGCCUAUUAGAUGACCUACAGAAUUUUCAACUGUUUAGGACUAAGAACAACUUAGAAAUUUUCAGAUUUUCUCAUGUUAAAACCUUUUGCCAGUAUUGAUAGUGAUUCUACAGUCCCAUGAGGUCUACCUCAAUUGAUUGAGUAAUGUGUGAGUUAUUGGAUACCUCUUGGUACCAAAUUCGAUUUCGAUGAAUAAAAAAAUAUUUAUGCUACA